CUUCGGCUCCGAGCUGACCCAGGGGAGGGCAGUGUCACCUGGGCGGCGCUGCGGAGACCUCCACCCAGGACAGCGCCCCCUCCCCGGGCCUCUCCCCUCCUGCCCGCGAGUCCCCUCGCCUCGUAGGCUUUUCGCGUCUGAUAUCGUGGGCUGAGGUGAGAGCAGGCCCGGGGAGGGCGAUUACGGCUGAGGAGCGGCGUUCGCGGUCAAGAUGAUAGAGGUACUGACAACAACUGACUCCCAGAAACUGCUACACCAGCUAAAUGCCCUGUUGGAACAGGAGUCGAAAUGUCAGCCAAAGGUCUGCGGCUUGAGACUAAUUGAAUCUGCACAUGAUAACGGCCUCAGGAUGACUGCAAGACUAAGGGACUUUGAAGUAAAAGAUCUUCUUAGUCUAACUCAGUUCUUUGGCUUUGACACGGAGACAUUUUCUCUAGCUGUGAAUUUACUGGACAGAUUUCUGUCCAAAAUGAAGGUACAGCCCAAGCACCUUGGGUGUGUUGGACUGAGCUGCUUCUACUUGGCCGUAAAAUCAAUAGAAGAAGAAAGGAAUGUCCCACUGGCAACUGACUUAAUCCGGAUAAGCCAAUAUAGGUUCACAGUUUCAGACUUGAUGAGAAUGGAAAAGAUUGUGUUGGAGAAAGUGUGUUGGAAAGUCAAAGCUACUACUGCCUUUCAAUUUCUGCAACUCUAUUAUUCACUCAUUCAAGAAAACUUGCCAUUUGAAAGGAGGAAUAGCCUUAAUUUUGAAAGACUAGAAGCUCAACUUAAGGCAUGCCACUGUAGGAUCAUAUUUUCUAAAGCAAAGCCUUCUGUAUUGGCAUUGUCUAUCAUUGCAUUGGAGAUCCAAGCACAGAAGUGUGUAGAAUUAACAGAAGGAGUAGGAUGUCUUCAGAAACAUUCCAAGAUAAAUGGCAGAGAUUUGACCUUCUGGCAAGAGCUUGUAUCCAAGUGUUUAACUGAAUAUUCAUCAAACAAGUGUUCCAAACCAAAUGUUCAGAAGUUGAAAUGGAUUGUUCCUGGACAUACUGCAAGGCAACUGAAGCAUAGUUACUACAGAAUAACCCACCUUCCGACAAUUCCUGAAACAGUCCCUUAAUUGGAUUAUUACAACAAACUCCUCUGAAGCCUUUCUCUACAAUCCUGAGCUAUGGAUUCCAUGUUAUCAUGGAUUUAAGCUGUGAAGCCUCAAAACAUCACAACUAGAUUAGCAUUGAUGUGCUCAGAUUUGGGAAAACUGCCUAAUUAACAUUAUGCUAUAGUGAAAUUAUGCUUAAAUUUGAGUUCACCUGUGAGGUAUACAAACAAAGCCAAGAGCAUAAAUGUGAAAUGCUAAUGACAAGUCUAGGAAGGUAAACUGUGAAUCUUCAUUUUUGAUGCUGACCCAACUUUCUAUUUGGGUCAAUAUAUUUAGGUGGUAUUAAAAAUGGUAACCUACUUGGUAUAAACUUUAAUUUUAAAUGAUGAGGUUUACAUCAAAACAAACAUUUCACGAAUGCACUUUUAAGGCAUAACAAGGGCCAUUACUGUAGACAGUGAAAAUGGUUUUUUGGCACCCGUAAUGCAAGGAAUAGAUAACCCAGAGAUGUGGACUUUAUCCAGGAAAUACACGUAAAAUUUUUUAUAGAAAGCAGGUGAUGUUUGUAUCUAUGAUAAAAAUGUUUUUAUACAAAAUCUGCUUCAAUCUAGUUCCGCCAAAAAAUUUGUUUUUAUUGUAUUAGUAACUCAAAAUAAAUUAACAUCACUCUGAAAACAUGGUGAUUUAACACUCCAGAAGUUUUUACUAAGGACUUUUUAUAAAACCGCCAUUGCUUCUAAUUUAGAAUUUUGUUUAACUAUACUUUCACUAAUUGCCCCUGCUGUGUCAACAGAAAGUCUUAAGUAAAUAAGCGUCUUCAUAAUCAUGAGGUUGCUGAGGUAGUGUUGGGGAUUUUCUAUUAAGUCAGUGAAUAUAAAGAGAUAUACAGUGUUAAAAGUGUUGUAAAUGGUUACUCAAUGCAAUCUGUAGCUUGAGUCCAUCCAGGAUGGCUGUACCCAAUUUUAACAUCAUGUUAAGGGUAAAUAUGCACUGGAAAAUAAACCAAAGAACUACAGUGUAUCUUAUACUUUUGUAAACCAUAUUUUGUAGAUAACUUUUCAGUUUUCCCAAAAAGCUAAUAUGUUUUGAUUACACCAGUGUCGAUUUUGAGUUGGCAGAGGUACCCAAACCAACUACCAUUAUGUUUUGGUUCUGAGGGAUACACAUUUCAAUAAAGUUACUGAAAUGCA